AGACGGUGCGGACGUUGUGAGCGCGUGUGGCAUCGUUGCCGUUAGUUAAUGCUGAAUUAAAAGACCGGUAUUUGGGGUGUUGAGGACUGUGUUAAGUGUGAAUUGAAGCUUGUGGGGUGUCGCGAACAGCGGGCCCCGAUGGAAUUGCAUACGCCAAAGCGAGAGUCGCGGGCCCUAGGCCUUCAGGACGGGCUUCCUUGCAGCCCGCCGAUGUGCGACACGAUGCUCUACCCCUGGAACUGGGGCGAGGAGGCGAGGAACGUGAACCUCAGCCCCGGAAGCUCGUGCUCGUCCCCGGAAUACCGGGAUCGCGGCGUCGCAGCCGUGCGAGGCAACGCCGGAACCGGCGUAAACGAGAACGGGAACGCCGACAGUACAGGCGCCGGUACACGUUCCUCAUCAUCGGAGAGUCAUCGCCGAGGGCGGCCGAGAGCCGAUGCCCUAACGAACCUGAUGAUGCAAGGCAGCACGUCACCGAGCAGCAUCAAGUGCACCUUCUGCAACAGGGUCUUCCCGAGGGAGAAGAGUCUCCAGGCGCACCUGCGCACUCACACAGGAGAACGACCUUAUCCUUGUGAUUAUCCGGGUUGCACAAAAGCCUUCACGCAAUCCGGGCAGUUGAAAACACACCAGCGUCUUCACACAGGAGAGAAACCAUUUCUGUGUACGGAAUCUGGAUGCGAAAUGAGGUUUACUCAUGCGAAUCGGCAUUGUCCGGAUCAUCCCUAUGCGACGUUGACGAGAUCCGAUGACUUUGUGCUCAAGCCGGUAACCGGAAAUACAGAUCUGCCUCACGACGUCACACGAUGGUUAGAGCGAUACAAAAUGUCAAGGGAAAGGGAGGAUAGAACGCCAACUGGAAAGAGUGAGCGUAAGAAAAAGGCGUGGAAGUGCAGUAUGGACAAUCAUAAGAGGACAAAAUCCAGAAAAGGCCUGAUGAUGGACGCUACUGGUGAACAAGAAAAUGUGGAGCGAAAAAUUCAGUCCAGUCAAAGGCUCUACUGUGGGGAAAGCCAAGACAGCCAAGAGGAAAGCCAGGAUGAGGAUCCGGUGGAAGCCUGUGCCAUGCUUCAGAUAUCCGAAGACGAAGAGUCGACUCAGACGAGCAAACUCCCCAUAACUCCGGUUCGCAGAUCACUGGACAGACUCCAGCCAAAGAAACGCUGGCUAAGAGAAGCCUGCCUUGAACAACAGCUCGCAAAGCCGCUAAGAUGGGAUCCGCCAUCAAAUGGUCAGCAAAACUCUGACUCUGCUCAACUGGACAUUGAGAUUGCCCAGGGCCAGUUCGGCACCUCAUGGAACGAAGGUUCUUGCAUCACAGAGCAGACUUCAGAUUCAAGUCUGAGCACAUUCAACGACACGUGCUACAAGUCUGAGACGGAGAUAUUGGACUCUGUAUCUCUGGGGUCUAAUCCUAACUCAGAUAUAUCCUGGGAUUUAUCCAUCAAAGUGCCUCCCAUUGACAACGAAGUUACUGUGGAAAAUUGCUCGGCCGAGAUCGGCUUCGGUGACAAUUCUACCUCCGUCAAUCAGCACUGCUGGGAUUCACUGGCACGCGAGAUUCUGCCCAACAACAAUACCAAAGCAUUUAAUGUCUCUCCGAUAGCUGCGAGUUCGCACUGGGCCUUGACAAACUCGUUAUUCGAGGAGCAACUUCCUCAGUCGAAUUUUACGCCAGUCAAGAAUAAUCCUAAUCAACGCUCUGCUGCGUCUGCGCUGUCCUGCACCAGGGAAAACGAGAGGAGACCUACGGUCCUGAUGCUGGCUAGAAGCUGCGCCAACCCUGGUGUCAAGGAAGCUGCCCCAAACAACAAGACUGCAAUGAAUCAGGACAAUGUCAAUGAAAGAACAGGUGCAAAAGUUGUAGUGAUUAAGCAGGAGAUGCAUCAGCAGGACAAUCUGAUACCUGAAGAUAACCAGAAGUGGCUUGGUGCACUUGCACUCAUGGAACUUGCGAAAACCCAACAGGAAGCUGCCAGAGUUUUGGAGCUGAACAACGAAACGAGAUCCCUUGUAUUACCUGCCAACAAACAGUACACGCAUCUUUAGACUGUGAUUGCCAAUUUGGAAGCCCCUUUCAUAUUCUUUAAAUCUGCAAACGAGUUUAUGUCUCCGCUAUUAUAACUUCUUCUAACAAAUUAUACAUUGGUUUUGGGCAAUAAUGUCUUCAAGGUAAAAUGUUACAUCCCAAAACCCGACUGAAACCUCAUUAUAUUCAAAGAUAGUCAAUUAUUGAUCAAUCACUUAUUCCAGGUAUAAGAUGUUGCUCCAAAAGACGCUACAAGGUUAAUUUGAAAAAAUUUAUAUUUUUCCAUUUCCACGCAGCAUUAAUUGGCUACAUUUGUUGAGGAAUCGUUUUCCACCGUAUCGUUCAGGAGUGCUUCCAGAUUGUUAAUAUCUUUGCAAAGAUUUAUAAUGUGUUAUUGAAUUUGAUGAAGCUGAAGCUAGCAGCCAAAGUUAGCAGCCAAUGAUGUUAAACUUUUUAGAAAUAGAAAAAUGCACUACAGUAUUGGGGGUUCAAGGUAUUUCACAAAAUUUUGAUUUCCGGACUUGACUACCUUAUUCGAAUGAACAUUAGAACGUUGGCUGCUAAUGCUGGCUGCUAACUUCAGCCUCGUUAAUGUGUUUUUGAAUUUGUGAGCUGAACUUUCCCAAUCCAACCUUAGCCACACAUUCCUGAUUUGUGUUUCAUAUUUUGUAAGAUCUCGUGUUCAUUGUUGAUAGCGGUUAGAUCUGAAGUGUGCUCAAAAGUUACCAUCUCUGGUUAAAUAAAACUAAGAAACAAACCGUUGGAAUGUGGAAACAUUACGUGUGAUGAAAGUUAAAUUACUUUAUGAAUAGCUGAGUAUGCAUGCUGUGUUUUAAAUAUUCAAUGGACCAAAAAUAAAACUGAUCAAAUAACGCGACGAUCAUUUCCCAAAGAGGAAAUUAUUUACAAAUGGUAUAAAAGAAUAAACCAUUUGACAUUUAUCUAUCAGGUAGCUCAGUUGCUUCUUAUCCACUAUUAUUUUUUGUAUUAAAUAUUGCCAGAAUUGAUAUCUUUGGUAAUAGAAAGUUAAUGGAAAAAAUUAACGACUUCAGUAAAAAAUGUAUGAUUAACGUUUAAUUUUAAUAUAAUCUAACAUGAAUUUGUACAAUGAAAGUAUGACGACUUGUAUGUACCUGUUGCUACUCUACAAACGAGCUAAGUUGUAUGUACACAGUGGAAGUCUUGACAGUGAAACCCUGUCUAAAGGCCUGUAGAGAUGAUUUUAUUAAUCAAGUAACAUGCAGUUGUUACUAAUAUCUUGCCUCAAACUUAUGAGAUCACGAAAGGAUCGAUUACUAUAAUAAAGUAAAAAAGCUGCAGUGGGAUUUUGUUGAAAAUUCCUAUGGAUCGUUAUGUUGUUAAUUUUUCAUUUAUAGGAGUAAUGUGUAAUGUUCUCGAUCAAGUUCAAAAGUAAUUAUAUACGUGAUGCCUUCGGUGAUAGAAUAUGCUUUAAGUCAGUGAAAAUUGUCGAGUAUGUAAGGUCAAAAUAAUGAGCCGUAUCAUUGUAUAUUUAAAUAUUGUUCGGUCUGUUUCUUUUUACCCAAAAGUGUUGCAGCUUUUUGGCAUAUCGUUUUUGAAACUAACUAUGAAGGGUCCGAUACGUAAUUUCUAUUCAAAUGUUGAUUAAUACAUUUAGAUUUCCUUCUUUUUUUUUUUUUUGUUUAUCCAAACUAAAGUUAUUCAACAAGUUACUUGUUUGAUCACACAUCUCAUCUCAAAUAACGUAGAUACUAGUCUAAAAGAAGCAAGGACCAAUUUACUUCUCAGCAGACAGUGUGAAAAAACGAAUUAUUUAUUACUAUUGUAUGAACUAUUACGAUGUAUUGCUUUGUUCUACAAGGCGAUAAAAUUUUGUGUGAUAUUUAGUUGUAACAGAGAGAAAAAAAAAUCUUCAGGAAUGCUAAAGUAAAUUUACAGCUAUUAUGAUAACAAUGUUAUGACUCGAGUUUAUUAAGUAUUUAAUUGGAACAAAAUUAGUUACUAUUUAUCUGAAAUUAUUAUUAUUAUGUUAUAAGAAUGCGUAACUUGUAACUCACGAAGAGAGUCGCAAACUCAGAGGAGCUUAUGCGCUCAUUUUACCCAGCUCCCAAUUUACCACCAGAUGUACAUAUAUCUUAUAUUUUAAUAAAUAUUUUCACACAAA